CUGAGAAACUUUAAUAGAAAUUGAAUUGAAAAUACACGAAGAGUUCAAAUAGAAGAAUUAUUAUUCAGACCAAUCCGCCCAUUUCUUAAAACAUGAUACCGCCUUUUAUCCGCACAUUCGCUUUCUGUGCAAAUUCCCAGUGUUUGUGUGAGUGUAGCGCCGACUGUCGGGACUCGGGAUGCGUUGAGCGAGUAGACGGACCGAAGGGAGCAACCGGCUGUUAUGGAGAUUAUUUUAUUUCCCUUGAAAGCUAACGAAAAGGACAUAAGAUUGAUUAAACGGACAUGAAUUUACCGACUGAGUUCAGCUGAAGCAACAGAACCUGCCCUCCUAGUCCAUAUAGGAAAAUUUAUUAAGAAUAUGAUCCGUCAGUGGCUUUCAUCUGCAUCUCUACAUUAUCCCAUUGGAUCUCUAGUUUGUUUGCUGCUCUCAUCAGACAAUUGGAUGUCAGAACUGCAAGUGUAAAGAGUCGAAUGCCUAUGAUAGAUGACAGCAGAAGCCACAGUCAGAAGGGAUUGUGAAGGAGUUGAGAGUUCUUGACUUGGAAGAUAUGGCAGAACAUGCUGAGCUGUUAGCAGAAAUGGCAACUAUUGGCCGUCUCUCAGCCACCGAGCGCCUGAAGCAUGCACAGAAGAGACGGGCACAGCAGCUGAAAGGCUGGGCUCAAAUGGAGAAGGACAGUGCCCGUAGUCAAAAGGGGAACCACAAGGGAGAUGGGGUGAAGAAAAGCAGAAGGGUGACCUUCAGCACCAGUGUGACAUUACUGGAGGCUGCAGCCAGGAAUGACAUAGAGGAGGUACGAGAGUUGCUCAAUAAUGGAGUCAGUCCAGACUUGUUCAACGAGGACGGGCUCACUGCACUUCAUCAGAGCUGCAUAGAUGAUUUUUUGGAUAUAUCACGCUGUCUUCUGGACGCGGGCGCAAACGUGAAUGCGUGUGACAGUGAGCUGUGGACCCCACUACAUGCGGCAGCCACCUGUGGACACACUGACCUCGUCCAGUUGCUGAUAGAAGCGGGUGCAGAUGUGUUGGCGGUGAAUGCAGAUGGAAACAUGCCGUAUGAUCUGUGUGAAGACGAGGCUACGCUAGAGCUCAUAGAGAUGAUCAUGGCAGAGCAGGGGAUUACUCAGGAGAGAAUUGAUGAAUGUCGCGGAGCCAAGGAGAGAGCAAUAUUGUCUGACCUUCAAGAGCUGGUUGCAAGCGGAGCUGAUUUGAAUGUGAAAGACGAGCAUGGGGCCACUCUGCUGCAUAUAGCAGCUGCUAAUGGAUACAUGUCAGUUGGUGAGCUGUUGCUGGAGCACAGAAUAUCUCCUAACGACAGGGAUGCUGACGGGUGGACGCCGCUUCAUGCUGCUGCCUGCUGGGGACAGAUCCAGAUGGUGGAGCUGCUGGUAGCUAAUGGUGCAAAUUUAAACGCCAAGUCUGAGCUGGAUGAGACGCCUCUGGAUGUGUGCACUGAUGAGGAGGUCCGGGCCAAAAUGAUGGAGCUGAAACACAAACACGAUGCCAUCAUGAAGGGUCAGGACAAACAUAAAAACACACUGCAGAGACGAGUGUCCAGCACGGGCAGCAGAGGUAAAGUAGUGAGACGCACCAGUGUGAAUGAGCGUAGCAGUCUGUAUCGCAGAGAGCAUCAGAAGGAAGCCAAAGUGUGGCAGGAGAGAGGAAGACAGACAGAUGCCUUGGAUGAUGAUGAAGACAGACAGACUGAUGCUGAACUGAACCUGCAUGCCUCACUGGUGUCCGGCUCUAAUGCAACUCCUGUUCCUCCAUUAGAGGUCGGCGAGGUGGAAAAUGGAGCUCAAGUUUUGGGGAACGGCAGCACAGCUUCAUUUUCUUCCUCACUUCCAGGAGAACUCCAAGGCGGGGGUCGCAUGGAUCGCAGUGCCUCCUAUCAGCUCACUCCAGCUUUGGCUGCUGCUGGCGGGGACAACAUGAGCAGAGAAAGAUCUCACCACACGCUUGCAGAUCUCAAACGACAGAGAGCAGCAGCUAAACUGCAGAAACAUCCAGCACCUGCUUUACCUCUGUCUGGAGACCCUCAAGAUGAGGUCGUCCCUGAAGGACCCCAGGGACCACUGGAGCCUCCUGAAUCAGUACAACAGGAUGUGUCCCCCAGUGAGGUGUACUUCACCCAUGCUAGUGGAGAUCCACCUCUACUGAAGCUGCGAGCACCAGAAGAGGACACAACUAAUACGAAAGAGCCAUGCUGUGGACUCAUGUAGAAGCAGCGGACGAACAUGUUUGGUUUUAUAUGAUUGUGCAGUUCUCGUGUACUACGUGGACAAACUAGAAUUAUAAGGCAGGUACGUUCAAAUGAGUUUUAUGUCCAAGUCACACUUUCUCUCACAAUGGCACUGAGAGAACUGACGUUUUCAACACUAAUGUGAAUAAUAGCAACAAAAUUUGAUGGAUUUACAUAGCUUUCUGAAUGUAUAACACAAGAAAUCAGAAAAAAAGAUGAUAAUAUAAUGGAUUAAUUGCAUUAUUGCAGUAUUUCAAUCUUUUAAGCUCAUCGUUUUAUUUUAAUUAGUUGGUAUGGUCAUUAAAGUUUCAAAGUAUUGAUUCAGUUGUUCAAUACAUAGAGAAAAAAAAACUGAGACUGAGCACUUUACUUGACCAAACUUUCAGCAGUCUUCACAACUUUUAUAGAUAUAUAUGUCAAAGUAUACUGAGCACAAAAAAGCACAUUUGAAUUGCACUGAUUAAAAUAAAAUUGCAUUUCUUUAACAUCUCUGCUGCAAUCUUACAGCUAUCACACAUGCUCUAGUUCUUCAUUCACAUCUGGUUGCACUAUUUGAUCAUUAUUACUGCUUUCAACAUCCUCGUAUCACAGCAUCUGUCUACAUUGUUAAUUGCCUUUGAGAUUGAACAUAAGCUAAUUUUAAUGUAAAGAAAUCAUAUGUUUAUGUUUAUAAUUUAUUAGUUUAUAAUGUUUUUCUUCAAGCCUUCUCUUGAACAUAAAAUCAGCAUAGUGUUUUUUUUCUUUCACAUUUUUAUUUUUGUUCAUCACACUUUGUUGUAAUGCAUCAAAUAGAUACAAUAAAACCAAAAUAAAAAAUACAUUUAAAUACUUUUUGGUCUGAAUACCUUCUGGUAAUUAGGUAGAAAAUCACAAUUAAAAAUAUUUUUUGUUUUGUUUAAAAAUGGAAAAUACGAAUUCAAGCCGAUUUUUAGUUUUUUGUUUGUUCAUCUAAAAAAAAAUAUGACUUUACAGUUCUAAUAUUUUACUCAAAUGUUGGACAGCGAAUUAGUAGCUGGAUUCUGCUAAGAUAUAUUCCAAAAUAUCAUUUGUAACAUUCAGUUAGACUAAUUAUUGUAAUCUUAAUACUCCUGGAUUGUAUCUAACACUCUGUUUUACAUCUGAAUAUCAGAUACUUUUUAUUUAUUUUUAUUUUUUUUAUGCAGCAGCUGUAUUCUGAUUAUCAAAGAUUACAGAAAAACAUGGUGCACUUAGACACAUUUCAAAUUGUAAACUGUACAUUUACCGUAUUGUCACUCUCCAGUCCACGUAAAGUUACUUUUCACUUCGUUUUCAUUAAUUUUUUGAAACUUAUUUGUAGAGCGAUGCCAAGAUGAUGUAGAAGAAAUGGACGUUUUAGUGCCCCCAAAACAUGCAAAUCAAAUAUUCAUUUUCUUUUUUUGAAAAAACAUGGACAGAAAGUAUGUAAACCAAAAAACUUUUUAUUUGUUUGGUUUUAAUGGAUUUCGAUUGGAACAAAGUGUGAUGAAUUUUUUUUUAAAAUGAUAGGCCUAUGAGUUUUUUUUGUUUGUUUGUUUCAGGAGGGUCGAAAAUGUGAAUAAUGGUUUAUACAUUUUUCCAUUUUUAAGACAAAAACAAAAAUCUGAAGGUACACAUAGCAACUGACUAAAUUGCUGCCAGGAUCAAAUUAAAACCUAACACCAUUGCUCCAUUAUUCCAUCUAUCCCUUUUUCCUUUUUUAACCAAGACAAGAAGAAAAAAAAUAUAAUAAUAAUUCCCGAAGGAAAGAUAUGCAUCUUUAUUUUAUAGAUUGUGUAGAGGUAUGUUUUAUUUUUUAGAAAUUGUCAAAUAAAGAAAUAUAUUAAUACAUUUUUAAUAUGUUUUUAAUUUAUAUAAAUAAAAGAGAUAAAAAAUAUAUAUAAAAUAUUGUUGCUCCAGCUGCAGAAACAUCUAAUUAAUUGCAAAGAAAUAUAUGUGUAAUUAAUGUAUCAUACAUGAUUUUGGCAUGCAAAAUAAUCUAGAUAUUUUGAGAAACUAUAGCUGCAAUAUAAAAAUAUUAAUGCCUCAUAUAAAUGAGUCAGUGUAUUGAUUCCAAACGUUUCUCGAUGAAAGCAGUAGGUUACAGUCCUCUGUAAAUUUAUGCUUUUUUGUGCCUGUAUAUCAGCUGUAAAGCAUGCUAGAAUUUAAAUGAUCAUUUCUAUGAACUAAGAAUUUUGUGUAAGGAAAAUUAGCUUCUAUUUGCACAUGUUAAAACCAUUAAAGUUCAUUUCUGGUUUAAAAAAGGAAAAAGGAAUGGACACAAAUGUACAAGGACCACGGGAUGCUAACAGUUUAUUUGAAGUUAUGUUGUAAGACACUGGUUAAGCUAUUUAGUUAGUUUUAUAUUUUUUCUUAUGAUAGUGCAGGUUGUGCUCAAUAUUCAGUGAGAUUUAAAUCGAAUGAGUGAUGGAAACACUAUUUUUGUAAUGAUUGGCAGAAAUAGAUUGAUGACUUUCAAAAAUAUAUUAAGCUUUAGCACUUUGAGGCUUAGGUUUAAUAGUGUAGUGUUCCAUUAUUUUGUAUGAAUAAUGGACAUUUUUUCCCCAUGAAUACACAUGCAAAGUCUUGUAGGUGUAAAAAGUUUUUUUUUUUUUUCCAUUGUUUACCUGGUCCGAUCACAUCAAGUGCUCUAGUUCUUUGUUUUGAUGCUCCAGUCUUAAAAUGUCAAAAAAUGUGUGUGUCUUAAAUGCAACUCCAAAGAGUUUUCUUUUAUUGAUUUCAUUGAUUCUUUUUAUAUUAUUUAUUUAAUGAACUUUUUAAACAGUUUGUGUGAUGAUUUUCUAGAUAUGUUAGGAUGUAUAGACUCAAUGAAAAGCAUAUGCUAAAUGAAAUUAAUUGAUGAUAUAUUAUGAGCUUUAUGAAUCUCAAACAUUUCACAUUUAUCAAAUAUCCUGAUUAUUUGGGAAUUUCAUAAGCGACUUUAUAUUCUAGAAAAUGGUAUGAAAUUGAUAUUUCAGAAUGAGACACAUGACACUACAGAAACUGAGCUGAGUAAUUUCUAGGUGCAAUGGUCCAUUUGGAUGCUUAAAUCUAUAUUUAGUAUAAAUUGAUAAACACUUUUUCAGGGUUAUUUAUUUUGGCAUUUUUUGUAUAUUUGAACUUGAAAAAUCUCUGACUUUGGAAAAACUAAUAAACACGUGCAAAUAUUUCA